CAUCCCUUCCCUGGCCCCGCCCCUUUCCCCCUGUGUCUUUCAGAUUUGGUGGCGACAGCGGCGGCAGCAGACCUUUGGCUGUGAUCCAGGCCGUAGAUUCCAGAUUUCUGGAAGCAGGAAGCAUCUCCAAAGUCAGGGCAGGUCAGGCAGGAGCCAAGAGAUAGCGGCGAUGACUUCAGCGGUACUGGUGGACAUACAGGAGGAGGUGACCUGCCCCAUCUGCCUGGACCUCCUGACAGAACCCCUGAGCAUAGACUGCGGCCACAGCUUCUGCCAAGCCUGCAUCACAGGGAACAGCAGGCAAUCAGAUAUCAGCCAAGAAGGGGCAAACAGCUGUCCUGUGUGCGGAAGCAGCUACCAGCCUGGGAACCUGCGGCCCAAUCGGCAUCUGGCCAACAUAGUGGAGAGACUCAGGGAGGUGGUCUUAGGUCCAGGGGAGCAGCCAAAGUUAAUUCUUUGCGCGCACCAUGGAGAAAAACUCCAGCUCUUCUGUAAGGAGGACGGGAAGGUCAUUUGCUGGCGCUGUGAGCGGUCUCAGGAUCACCGUGGUCACCACACUUUCCUCAUGGAGGAAGCUGCCCAGGAGUACCAGGAAAAGUUCCAGGAGUCUCUGAAGAAACUGAGGAAAGAGCAGCAGGAUGCUGAGAAUCUACAAGCUGUUAUCAGAGAGAGGAGAGCAACCUGGAAGAAUCAGAUGGAGCCUGAGAGACACAGGAUCCAGACAGAGUUUAAUCGGUUGAGAAGCAUCCUGGAUAAAGAGGAGCAGCGGGAACUGAAAAGACUGGAGAAGGAAGAGAGGAAGGGGUUUAGUAUUAUGGAAGAAGCUGAGGUUGAACUGGCCCAGCAGAGUCAGUCGCUGAGAGAGCUCAUUUCAGAUCUGGAGCGUCGGUGCCAGGGGUCUACAAUGGAGCUGCUGCAGGAUGCGAGUGAUGUCAUGACAAGGAGUGAGUUCUGGACCCUGAGGGAGCCUAAAGCUUUACCCAACAAGCUGAGGAGUGCAUUUCGAGCCCCAGAUCUGAAAAAAAUGCUGCGAGUGUUUAGAGACUUGACAGAUGUCCAAAGCUACUGGGUGGACGUGACUCUGAAUCCAUACACGGCUAAUUUAAAUCUUGUCCUGUCUAAAAACCGGAGACAGGUGAGAUUUGUGGGUGCUAAGAUGUAUGAGCCUUGCUAUCUGAAGGAAUAUUGUGCCACCAGUGUCCUGGGCUUCCAGCAUUUCUCCUCAGGAAAGCAUUACUGGGAGGUCGAUGUGGCCAAGAAGACUGCCUGGGUGCUAGGGGUGUGCAGUGAAUCAGUGGGACCUACGUUACCUUUCAACCAGUAUGCUGACAAUCAGAACAUCCACCCCAGGUUUCGCCCGCAGGGUGGCUACUGGGUGAUCGGGUUACAGCAUAAGCACGAGUAUAGAGCCUACGAGGACACCUUCGCCUCCCUGAUCCUCUCCAUGCCAGUACCCCCUCGCCGCAUUGGGAUUUUCUUAGACUACGAGGCCGGCACUGUCUCCUUUUAUAAUGUCACAAACCACGGCUUUCCCAUCUACACUUUCUCUAAAUAUUACUUUCCUACCCCCCUUUGUGCAUAUUUCAAUCCUUGCACCUGUGCAGUCCCGAUGACCCUGCGUCGCCCGAGCUCUUGAACAUUCUGCUGUCCCCACCUCAUCUGAGCAGUGCCCCUCGCCUUGAGGCUCAUCUGCACCAAGUCUCUACCCUUUGACCUUCUAUUUUUCUACAUUCUCAUUCCUUUUCUUCUCUUGUGAACAUUUACUUGAUACUAGGAUGUACCGAUGAUAAUAGUGAGUAUUUUUGACUAACUACAGAUCUUUAGGAGGGGGAGAAGGGGCUUUCAAUAUUUUACCAUUAAGUAUUUGAUGUGUGUUUUAUUGUUCUGAUGCAUGGAACCAAAUUUAGGAAGUUCCCUUCUGUUGUUAAUUUAGUAUAAGUUUUUUGGUAUUGAUUGAGAAAUUGAAUUUCAACUUAUGUUUUCUCUGUAAUUACUGAGAUAAUAAUGUAACUUUUUUUUUUCUGCUAAUGUGGCCAAAUACAUUGAUUUGUUUCAAAUUUUAACUCUACCCAAAUUCCUGAAAUAAACCCUUAUUAUUCUUCAUAUACAAACUGGAUAUGAUUGCUAAUAUACUUAAGCUUUUCUUUCAUCUGUGUUUAUGAAAGAAAUUGGCUUGG